CUCCUCUUGAUGGCGUCAAUAAGUCAUGUCAAACUUGACUUCACAGAUGAUGGAGCAAGACAAGGCAAAAAAGAGAAAAGGGUCAAAGCACGACAAGACGGGCUGCUUGACUUGUCGCUAUAGACGGAAAAAAUGCACAGAAAAUACGUUUCCCAAUUGUGGAACAUGCAUUCGACUGAACUUGGAAUGUGUUCGAGAUCCCAUUCGUCGGGUCGUUCCACGUAGUGGCGAUGACAAUAUCCAACCGCAGUUAACUCGGCAUCAACUUGAUACUCCCCCGGCUCCGACUACACAACUAUCUCCAUUGCCACUGAACCUGAACUCUCCUAAAAGACGCCAGGCGAUGAAUCACUACAUCAGAGUCCUUUCGGAACUCUUGACUAUAAGUAAAAAUAAUAACUCAUUUUUAUCUGACUUUCUCCCUCUGGCUAUGGAAUCACCAGCACUAGCUGAAGCCCUCAUCGCAUACUCAUCUGGUCACAUGUCAUGUUCAGACCCAAGUUAUACUACCGUAUCGCUGGCGGCACGGUCCAAAGCCUUAUGUGAACUGUCAAUGACUGUCAGCCGCCCAGAUCAAGCUGCUUCCGUCACUGAAACAGCAUUAUCCGCUUGCCUCAUUCUUUUGACUUCUGAGGUGUGUUUGGGAAGUCAUAAGAGCUGGUAUAAUCACCUUGUCGGCGCCAAACAUCUUAUUGUGUGUGCUCAAAGUCAAACAGACCAGGCUGAUGGGUCGAUCGUUCAGGGAGCUCAGGCAUUGAGGCUGACAUCAGAGGGGCGAUGGAUCCUCCGUAACUUUGCAUACCAUGAUAUCAUCGGUAGUGUAACACUGGGAACCCAACCUCUGCUCAGCCCCGACUAUCUCAGGAAUAUCACACACGAGUUCGACACGUACUUGGGCGUUGCUUCACAGCUUCUUGUCUACAUAGGCCAAACAACCUGCUUGAGUUUCGACCCCACCGAUAUGGAGAGGGGUAUUCACCCGUUAAGGAACCACCUCAGCAUCCAGCAUGAGAUCGAAAACUGGAAGUGUCCUGCUGGAACUUCAUCAACUCUCCAGGCUGCAGCAUAUGCGUACCGCGGUGCUGCGCUUAUCUAUCUUUAUCGAAAGAUGCGCCGCCAUCUAGAAGCAGACAGUAAUUCCUCCCUCGCCUAUGGGCUAUCAUUGAGCACUCUGAAUGAAAAGCUUCAGGCGAUUGUGGUGAAUACCUUGGAUAGUAUUGGACAAGUGCCUGAAAACGACAUUUCCGAGUCCUCCCUCUUGUUUCCUCUGUUCAUUGUUGGAGGGGAAGUUGAACGUACUGACCAAAUGGAGCUCGUUCGAACGAGACUACAAUUGUCGUAUAAGAAACGGAGAUUUCGCAACAUCUCGCGAGCACUCGAAGUACUGGAGGAGCUGUGGGCUUAUCGCCAGAUUCAGGAUGUCUUGGGUAGGAAACGGCAAGAUUGGGAGGAUAUCUUGAAGUCUAGCCAAGAGCCAUUACUGCUGACAUGAAGGAAUCCCGGGCAAGUUUUCAAUCGG